UCGAUCGACGACAGAUUUGCACCGUUGACCGUGAUGAUGAUAGUGGGAAUUUGUUGAAGAAUGUUGGGUUAAUCUGAAGUGAUGAAGGUAGUUGUACUAAAAUUGGCUCUGCUUUACCGACGGUGUUGAACGCACGUGGUAACCGAUGGAGAGAGAGAGCGAGUGCGCGUUUGUGGUAAGAGCGUAUGACAAGGCGGGGCCUACUGGGACUGAGAAGAUUUGACUCCGGAGAUAUCCUUUUCAUGCUGCUGGGAGUUCGCGCACUGGGAAUUAGUACAACAGUGGCAACCAGUAGCCAGCGGACAGAAUGGGAAGGCUAGCAGUAUGAUGCACAGAGGGAUUGUAAAUCCGACAGUGCUCUCUCCGGUCAUGUAUCCGGUGUGUAUACGCACCAACACAGUUGUAAGCCCCCGCGCUUCGCUCAACAGGGACACACUUGGUGGCGGAAACCGUAAGCAAGAGCGAGACGGCGCGGUGGCAUUGUCCUGUACUGGUGCUCUAAUGGAAAUGGAUGGAUGGAUGGAUGGAUGGAAAACUCAAAAGUUAACGUCAACUGGGGCGGCUGCUGUGUGCCUGCGGUCCGGUGUGUACCGCUACUGGUUCUGCUCGCUCCGGAUAUGUAUGUAUGUCAGAGAACAGACAUCGCGCGGUCGGUUCGCAUCAACAGCAGCAGCGGCAGUAGUAGCAGUGUAAAACUCCGAUCGUAACUUUGCGCUGCUGAUUUCAGUUGGGGUUUAGCAGCCACACGGGACGAACGUUUACACUCUCUGGAGAUCUGUCCGAAACAGGAGGGAAACCGUUUUGUGCAAAUCGGACACCGGAGACCAACACCUGUGUGUAUUUUUUUUUCGGUGGCAAUCGAAGAGGAACAUGUGCGAAGGCGUGUGGUGACAUCUGCCGUACCGCAAGCGAAACAAGUGAUUGUUGAUUCCUGUGGCUAGGGAAGUUGGGUUUGUUCCCAGGUGACUCGUAAGUGUAGUGAAGUCCACCCCGGAAGAAACCGGAAGUGACAGCUUGAGUUCGGUUGCUCAACGACUUCUGCAAACGGCGUUUAGUGUUGUCAAUUUUGAGUAGUAAGCAGUAGUUGAGUGCAAUAGUGAAUUUUAGAGCACGGGUUUUUCUAGAUCUGGCAAGACUUUUGAAACGCGAAGAUAACAGUGCAUCUUCUCAGUUUAGACGCGUGUGGUGUAGUUUGAAGUUUCUGUGCAUUCAGGUGUCGAGCCUGAGUGGUGAUAUUUUUUGAGUCAAGGCUAGCAAAAUAGUCGUCACGGUGUACGACAACGGACUAAAGCUGCGUUCGGACGAGACAGUGCCGGGCUUUAGCUCGGCAUCGCCGUGGCCAACGCUCGAGCUUGAAUGGGGUCGCAAGCUGUACCCGUCGUCGGUGCCCCGCGGUGCCGGUGGUAUGAUGUUCGGACUGCCACCGACCGGUGCCGACAUGAAUCAGCCGCGCGGUCCGAUGACUUCGCUGAAGGAGGAACCCCUAGGAGCACGAGCCUGGAUGCAACCUGCCGUCGAUCAGGCAAACUUGGGUAUCGGAAGGGCCCACUUUGAAAAGCAGCCGCCAAGCAACCUGCGAAAGUCCAACUUCUUCCACUUCGUUGUGGCGUUGUAUGAUCGAGCCGGACAACCGAUCGAAAUCGAACGGACGGCGUUUAUCGGUUUCAUCGAAAAGGAUCAGGAAUCUGAUGGCCAAAAGACUAACAACGGCAUCCAGUACCGGCUGCAGCUGUUAUACACUAACGGUGCUCGCCAGGAACAGGACAUCUUUGUGCGGCUCAUCGAUUCGGUAACGAAACAGGCUAUCGUCUACGAAGGACAGGACAAAAAUCCAGAAAUGUGCAGGGUGCUACUGACUCACGAAGUGAUGUGCAGCCGUUGCUGUGACAAGAAAAGCUGUGGAAAUCGUAACGAAACGCCAUCAGAUCCUGUGAUUAUAGACCGAUUUUUCCUCAAAUUUUUCCUCAAGUGCAACCAGAACUGUUUGAAAAAUGCAGGCAAUCCGCGAGACAUGCGACGAUUUCAACAGGUAGUGAUAGCGACCCAGGUCGCCGUGGACGGACCGCUGCUAGCGAUCUCCGACAACAUGUUCGUGCACAACAACAGCAAACACGGGCGCCGGGCGAAACGGCUCGACCCGGAAGGUACGGGCAGUUCUCCGUUGGCAAUUUCGGGCCAUCCGCUGGCCCCGGACAGUACGUACGACGGCAUCUAUCCUCCGCUGCCAAUGGCAACCCCCUGCAUCAAGGCGAUAUCUCCCAGCGAAGGAUGGACGACCGGAGGAGCGCAGGUAAUCAUCGUGGGCGAUAACUUCUUCGACGGGCUACAGGUGGUUUUCGGAACGAUGCUUGUGUGGAGUGAGUUAAUAACCUCACAUGCCAUUCGAGUACAAACUCCUCCGCGGCAUAUACCGGGUGUAGUAGAAGUUACGUUGUCCUACAAGAGCAAGCAAUUCUGCAAGGGUUCACCCGGACGGUUUGUCUAUGUCUCUUUUCAUCUUGCAGCGUUAAGCGAACCCACAAUCGAUUACGGUUUCCAGCGAUUGCAGAAACUAAUUCCUCGGCAUCCCGGGGAUCCAGACAAACUCCCCAAAGAGAUUAUCCUGAAGCGGGCGGCAGACUUGGCGGAAGCUCUGUACUCGAUGCCACGCUCACCCAAUGGCUCCUCUGGGUUCAACUCCUACACUGGCCAGCUGGCGGUCAGCGUUCAAGAUGGCACCGGACAGUGGGCUGAAGCUGAUGAAUACACCCGAGCCCAAAGCAGCAGCGUUAGUCCCCGAGGAGGCUACUGCAGCAGUGCCUCGACACCACAUUCUUCCGGAGGUGGUUCGUAUGGAAGCAGUAACGGAUACGCAACCGCAUCCAACAUGAGCGGACUCACCUCUUCACCUGCCAGUGUCUUCAACUCAUCGUCGAUCACUUCGACACCGAAUCUAUGGCACUCGCAGCUUGUACCGUCGCAUAGCUACUCGGCCGCCGGUGCACACCAGUUUUGGCACGCUUCGUCAUCGUCUGUAGCGACUGCGGUUUAGGAACCAUCUUUAUUGAAUCAACGGACUAAUGAGUGGUGGCAGUGGCUUUAGCCCGUACUCGAUGACCACCUGCGGAUCUCAGGGCUACACGCCAAGCCCGCUGGCGGUGUCCACCACGACGUCCAAAUAGGCAGAGCAACAACGAAAUCGUUCAUUGUUUGUUAACGCAUUCUCCCCUCAACCGCACCAUUCUGUACAUCAUCCCGCAUUCUAAGCUAUAGAUCGUCUUUUCAUUUUCGAUUUAAUUGUGAAUCUCGCUUAUUUAUUGUGUACCUACACAUUUUCGAGUUUUGUUAUAAGUGCAAUAAAACAUCACAGUCAAUAUGCUGUAGAAAUUGUAAUAUUUGUAAAAUAAAGAAAGUUAUUUAAAUAUAAAAACAGUAAGAAGCUUGUAGUUAAAAGGUUUUGCUAUUGUAAGCUGGAGUUUUUCCAGACAGUGCAAGUCAACGAAGUAAAAAAUAGUAAAAUGAUACAUAUCCUGCUAAAAGAAAAUAUAAAAAAACAUUUCAUCAAUCAUAUCUACAUGUGUCAGUAAAGAUAUUAAAAUAGUCAUAACUUAAAGCGACUCAACCAGUUGGAACAUCAAAAAUAGAAAAAAAAUAAUUCUAAAACUCUGCUGCACUGCGACUCCGCGAAAAACGGCGCUAUAAUUGUAUACGAAAGGAUAAACCUAAUACUCAGCCGCGAAAUAGCAUAAUCUACCAAAAGCAUUCCACCAAAAAAAAAAAGAAUCUAUAGUAGACAUCUAGAACUUGGUUAGACACUCCAAGUCAUCAACGUUUCGCCAACAAUCAGAAAACUUCAUCCAUAAUGCAACCACAACUUUUUCCACACUAUAGAAGUCAAUAAAUGAAUAAAAAAAAAUCAGUAAACAGUAAAAAUCAGCAGCAAUUUUUAUGUUGCUACGCAAACACACAUCAUUAGUGCGAAAUUUUCAAACCAGAAAUUACCAACCAUUUUUGUAGCUUAUCACUUUUGUGAAUAAAAAAAAUUACGCCACGCAUCAGAAGUCAGCAAACAUAGGAAGAAUAUGUAGAAAGCAAAACUGCAAAUUGAACCAAAUUGAACAUUCAAUUAUUGUUAAAUAGUUUCAAAUCUUGCGUAACACGUAAAAGUAAACCCAGUUUAAAUCGAUAAAUCUUAGAGGUAUCAAUCGACACAGAAAGCAGAUAUUUUUUAUUUAUACUCGAUAGGAAAAAUAUUGAAAAAACGAAUCAAAAUAUUGAAGGAAAAAAAACAGUUCUUAACCGCCACUCUUUUUCGAACACGGAGAGAUGAACGGCCGAGCCAACAAAAAAAACAUAACGGGUGGCAAUUUGAAUGAUUCGAGUAAAUUAUUAUAUCAAAACAAACAAGAUGGAGGAAAAUGAUUAAACAAAUAUUGGUGUGAAAAGUAUAA